GUUUGUAAUACGAGCCCACUGUAGUGACUUAUGUUGACACUAGCAUAUUCGUUUAAACAACUUGCAUUACCGACUUCUAUAAGUUGUACAUUUUAGUCAUUCUGAGAAGCACACCAGAAUGAAUUUCCAAUUUGUCAUUCUCUUUAUUUCUACAAUAGCAGCCUCUUUAUAUUGCAGAAACAGUGCUGCAGCAACAUUCUUAAGCAAUGUCACUGACCAACAAGCUUUGCUUUCUUUCAAGACUUCCAUUACUGGAGAUCCGCUGGGUUUUCUGAGCUCGUGGAACCAUUCUGUCCCCUUCUGCCAGUGGCAUGGCGUUACAUGCAGCUGGAGACAUCAGAGAGUAACCGCACUAGACCUCUCAUCCCAGCAACUGGAUGGUACUUUGUCUCCUUAUAUCGGGAACCUCUCCUUUCUCAGGGCAAUUUACCUUGAUAAAAACAACUUUGGUGGCUCAAUUCCAGGAGAAAUAGGCCGACUCUUUCGCCUACAAUAUCUUCACCUGGGAAGCAAUUUCUUUAAAGGUGAAUUUCCAAUGAAUUUAAGUCACUGUUCAGAUAUCAGAGAGAUCAAGUUGGAAGAGAACAAUCUUCAAGGAAAACUACCAACUGAUUUCACUUCUUGGUCCAAACUUACUGUGUUUGGUGCAAGGACAAAUCAGUUCACUGGAUCAAUCCCAACUUCAAUUGGGAAUCUGUCUUCUCUUCGUCUCCUUGAUAUAGCCAGAAACAAUCUAACUGGGAGCAUACCUUUGGAAGUUGCUUACCUAAUGAAAUUAGAGCACCUUCAAUUGUCAAUUAACAAUUUUAGAGGCAGAGUUCCCCCGCCACUUUACAACGUCUCGUCUCUUUCUUUUGUUAGCCUAACUCAAAAUGAGUUGGAAGGAAGGAUUCCAGAAGAUCUGGGCUUCACCCUUCCUAACUUGCAGGUUUUUCUUGCUGGAGGCAACAAACUUUCAGGGCCUUUUCCGUUAUCCAUAACUAAUGCUUCCAAGCUUCUUAGUUUCAGCAUUCCGGGUAACAGUAUCAGUGGUCCUCUGCCAAUGAAUUUUGGAAGCCUCUUGAGUCUUCAAAGGCUAAACUUGGGAAGUAAUCAACUUGGACAUAACCAGCCACCUGGAAGCAGCUUGAGCUUUCUCGGUUCUAUGGUAAACAACACACGUCUAGAAUAUUUGGAGCUAUUUGAGAACGGUUUAAGUGGGGAGCUCCCAAAUUCCAUUGGUAAUCUCUCAACAAUGUUGUACUAUUUGGGUUUCUCUAGAAAUUACAUCUAUGGAAGCAUACCUAAAGAGAUUGGGAAACUCUCCAACCUGACAGCACUUUCAUUAGAUGAAAACAUGUUUACAGGAAAUCUCCCUGAAUCAAUAUGCAAGUUAUCCAAGCUAGGAAGAUUGUUUCUAAGUUACAACAACAUUUCAGGAGUCAUCCCAGCUUGCAUAAGCAACAUUACUGGCUUACUUUUCCUCAGUUCGACUGAUAACAUGCUCCAAGGAAACAUACCUGUUACAUUGUUUAAUAUGUCAUCUUUACAAGAGCUGUACCUCUCCAACAAUCGCCUCAGCGGCGUGAUACCUGAGCACAUUCUUGGACUUUCUUCACAAUGUAUUUUUCUUUACUUGGAUGAAAAUAUAUUGACAGGACUACUGCCAUCCAACAUUGGAAGCUUCAUACAUCUUGUUGAUCUACGUGUUUCGGACAACAGACUGACGGGAGAAAUACCAACCAGUCUAGGAGAUUGUGUAAUGCUGGAGGAACUAGACAUGAAUGGAAACAUGUUUGCAAGUAAAAUUCCGUCAUCUUUCAAAGGUUUAAAAAAUCUUAUUUUUCUAGAUCUUUCAAAUAACAAUCUGUCAGGGAAUAUUCCACAUUUUCUUGGAGAGUUGCGUCUGAUUCAAUUCCUCAAUUUGUCGCACAAUAGACUCGAAGGUGAAGUGACUCAAAAAGGGUUGUUCUCAAAUGCUAGUUCUUUUUCAGUCGUUGGAAAUUCUCAGCUUUGUGGAGGUAUUCGGCACUUACAGCUGCCUGCUUGUCCAGCAAAUAUCUCAACAUCUAAGAAAAAGAAAUCUCCAUUGCGAAUCAUAGCCCUCAUAAUUCUUCUACCUCUUGCUACUUUUUUAGUAUUUUUUACUUUUGUUCAUUUUCGAAUCAAAAAGUCCAAGCAGAAUAAUGUCCCAGGCUUAGUUUUGCAGGACAGCCAGUACCUUAGGCUUACAUAUCAUGAUCUUCUACGUGCCACGGACAAUUUUUCCCCAAAUAAUUUGUUGGGUGAGGGAAGAUAUGGUUCAGUGUACAAAGGAAUUCUCGAGUCCUUGCAACAACUUGUUGCUGUGAAAGUACUAAAGGCUGAGGUACAUGGAGCUGACAAGAAUUUCGUGGCAGAAUGUGAAACUUUGAGGAAUAUUCGCCAUCGUAAUCUCACCAAGAUCAUCACAACUUGCUCCAGCAUUGAUUCAAAGGGCAACAAAUUUAAGGCUUUGGUUUUUGAGUUCAUGACAAACGGGAGUCUAGACAGCUGGUUACAUCCGAGUCAAUCUGAUCAAGGGAAUGCGAGGAAUCUGACUCUAUUCCAGAGGCUAAAUAUAGCCAUUGAUGUUGCAGUUGCAGUGGAUUACCUACAUAACCAGUCUCACACCAAAAUUAUUCACUGUGACAUAAAGCCAAGUAAUAUUCUUCUUGACGAGGAAUUUGUUGCUCGUAUUGGUGAUUUUGGUUUGGCCAGAUUUUUCUUAACUAAUACAGGUAAAACAAAACAAGCACGAACGAGUUCAACAGGUGUUCGAGGAACUAUUGGAUAUGUUCCCCCAGAGUAUGGAAUGGGUGGGAACGUAUCUGCAGAGGGAGAUGUGUAUAGCUACGGAAUUCUUUUAUUAGAAAUGUUCUCGGGGCACAGGCCUACAGGAAGCAGCUUAGCAAUGGACCAUGCUAUUAAUCUUCAUGAUUAUGUGAAGCAUGCGCUUCCCCACAAUGUGAUGGAGAUUGCUGAUCCCCGCAUUGUUCUACAGCCAGAGGAUCGUGGCUCUCCGAAGGAUGAAGCAGUUAGGAUAGAAUUAUGCUUGGCUUCAAUAUUUGAAGUUGGGAUUUUGUGUUCACUUGAAAUGCCAAGAGAACGCGUUGACAUUAGUGUUGCUAUCAAGCACCUAAAUGUGGCAAGAGAUAAACUUCUGCAGAGUGGCUUUAAAUUAUAGAGCCAGAUUGGAGUUGAUCUUUGAGAUGGUCUAAAAGUCUAGCACCCAAAUGUCUGAAUGUCCAACAAAUUGACAUACAUUUCUCAAAGUCAAAAGCCUGUUACCUACUUGAGAUGUCAUUGUUAAAUAGAGCUCAAGUCUUGCU